AUGCUCUGUGAACAUCGACCUGAAGGCUUCGGCCCGAAAUCAUUUCUCUCCAGCCAUCUGCCAACAACAUGUUUCGCUGAUGUCGUGGUUGUCCCCUUGGCGACCUGGCUUCAUCUCAUCAUUCUAUUGAUUGGUCUCCCUCUAUGUUUGCGCUCACUACGAGCUUCGGCCUCAGCUUCAGCCGGGCCGUCACACACGGCCGGGGCACCCACGGCAGGAGACAAAGUCGCGGUGUCAACAUCAGCGUCAACAUCGGUGCCGCCAGCAACCAAAUCGACCUCGGUGGCCGUCAAGAUUGCCAGCGUCAUCUAUUACAUACUCAUAGUAGCCAUGCUGGCCAUGGCAUCACUUGAGAUUGCCCGUCUCAUCGUCGCUCAGCUCGGGAUUGGUCUCCUUCCUUUCACAUACGUUGGCAUACUCGCCGCUCUGGUCCUCCACGUUGCUGCUGCGUCGACGACUACAACUUCAUGGCUUGGCGGUCUGCAUGUCUACAGGGGCAACACGCGGUGGCGAUGGACUGUCAAGGGUGUCAACAUUCUGUACUGGGUGAUGUUGAUGUGUGUGAUGGCAAUCAAGGUUGCCAGUCAGGCCAUGGAACAGAACGUACUCGGAAUUAGGACGGGUCAACAGGCGCAAUAUCCUAUUUCGGAUUCCAUCACGGACAAUGCGACCAUGAUAGGGGUGGAAUUUGUGCUGUUGAUCUUGGAGUUUUUGACUAUCUAA